AUGAAUUUAGGUUAUAAACAAAUAAAUGAUAAGGAGCCAUAUAAGAAGUCGUUAAAAUACGUAGAGGUUUUUAAAAAUUAAGAUAAAAUUACUAAUUAUUUAGUUGAACUAACUUUACCACAAAGCAAUUAUGGGAACUGCUGUUUUAAAUGAAGUUGACAUUACAGCAACUCACCUAGAUAAAUACAAGAGACUUAUUGAAAGCACAAAACACUGGCAUAAGUUUAUUAUAACUAACUCAGCAAGUAUAGAUAGAAAUAUCCUACUGGAUUCUGUUUUACGCACUGUAUUUCCGAAUGAGUUACUGCCUCUGCAUUUUAAAAAGGAGUAUAUAAACAGUCAUUUUUUAGCAAGAAAUUGCAAAAAUGCUAUAGAAGAGUUAUACAAUAAAGGACUAGUCAUCCCAGAUCCAGUUCAUGGAGGAAUGCUUAAUGUGACAAUUAUUUUGGGUUUUAAAAGGUUGUCUGAUUUAGACUUUAAUUACUAUGAGAAUAUCACAAUGGUGAUUCAUAAAAGGUAUAGUAAGGUUGAUGGUACACUAAAUUUAUCAAGAUUUCAUGAGGAUCAUGAGUUAACAGAGUAUUUCCCUUUAUUCCAACCAAGUAUUUUAGAGGGUGUAUUAAGGAUAUGCAAGGGCAUUAACAUAAAAAAUUUAAAUUUAUCUGAAAAUAGAAUAAGCCAAUUGAAAUCCCUUCUAUCAAUUUGUAAAUAUAUGGAUAUUAAAAAAUUGGAUUUGAGUAAAAACAUGAUUAAUACAUUUGAGGAAUUACAAGUAUUAAGGAACUUUAGUAGUAUAGAAGAAAUAAUUUUAAAGGAUAAUCCUUUUUGUGCACAGUACGAUGAGUACAGUUACGUGAAAGCAGUAUUAACUGUACUACCAAACUUAAAGAAACUGGACUUUCUAAGAGUUCAAAAAGAUGAUUUGUUAUCCUUUAAAAAAAAUUAUUUGUGUUGCCCCGAGGGCCACGAUUUUGUUGAUCAGUUUUUAGAUCAUUUUUUUAUUUUAUAUGACAAGCAAAGAUCAUCUUUGAGAGACAUGUAUCACUUAGGCGCCACACUUACAAUUUCUUGCCAUUACAACAAAAAUAAAGAAAAAUAUGAAGAUGCAGAUUUAGAAUGCUACACAAGUUUUGCAAGAAAUUUGAAAACCCUUUCAGGCAUUACAAAUAGUUAUGAUAAUAUGUUUGUGGGUUGUGAUAAUAUUAUGGCAGUUCUUUGUCAGUUACCUCCCACAAAUCACGACCCUUGCUCAUUUACCGUUGAUUUGGUUUCGUUUAACUACAACUUUGCAAUGGUAAUGGUAACAGGCAUUUUUCAAGAGAUCGGUGGACAAAUUUUAGGUUUUAAUAGAACUUUUGUAUUAGUUUCAACAGACGGAGUUCAAUAUUUUAUAAUUAAUGAUAAACUACAUAUUAAUCAAGCAACAGUGAAGCAAUAUCUUAAUGCUUUUGAAGAAGUAUCACUUAGUAAUGUUAGUGCUGUAUCAGACAUAACGUCAAUGAAUAUGCAAUGGUCCAAAAAAUGUUUAAAGGAUUGCAAUGGCGAUUUAAAAACAGCUCUCAUUACGUUUAAUGAGCUUUUUCAAAUAGAUGAGAUUCCAAAACAAGCAUUUGAUAGGAGUUUAUUUUCGAUUGAUUCCAUUGAAUUUAAUUUCAAAAAUAAGUUAGAUAUUGCGAAAAAACCAUUAAAGACUAGCAUUAGCAUAUUCCAAUCAAUAGACUAUACACCCAACGACUUUGUAUGCAGUAAGGACCAGAAGUCUAAGGAUAAGGAAUUCUAUCUCAUUUCCUCAAAUAAUCGAAAUAAAAAAAUACAAUUAAUAGACGAUUUACAAAAGCAAAAUGACACUUUUAAAUUGGCUAGAAAGAAUUUGGAUUUUAAAAUGAAACAAGUAAACGAUGCCAAAAGAGCUGUGUACAUUAGCAAUAACGAGGAUAAGGAUAUACCAAGACAUCAGGGAAUUUAUUCUCCAAAUCCAUCUGAAAAGAACACUAAUUUAAAUGACAAAUACAUAACACCAUUUGAGCAACAGAAAGUAAACUCGCAAAAAUUGAAUCAGACUGUAGAAGGCUUAAAAAUGAAAAACAGGAAUGAGUUAGUGGAUCAUAAUUUUGAUUUUGAAUGUUAUAAUGAGAGUGGCAAUGAUAAAGAUUUUAACCAGAAAAAUGUAAAUCCAAGACCUUAUGCCAAAAAGUCAGUUCCCAAAAACCAAAAUUUCUUACCUAAAUAUACAAACAUUUCCUAUUUUAAGAAUGUGAACAAAUCUAUGUUUGUAAAAAGUGAUGUUAAUAAUAUAAAAGUUACACAGAUAAAUCAAAACCUGCAGACACAAAAGAAAUUUGCUAGAAAUGUGAAAACCCUAUCGACACUUGCCAAAGCAGCUUAUAGAAAGCUGCAGAGAAGAUUGGUAGGUACAGAUUGGAAAAAAAACUAUGCAGUUGACCAUUCUAAUUCAGUUGAGCGCUAUCGCUCUAGGACAACCUUUAGACUAAGUUAUCUAGCAUAUUCUGUAUAUGUGAAUUUAGUACACAAAACACGAGAUAGAGUGGGAAGAAUUUUCAACAUUAGUUUUAACGACCUGUAUCUGAUUUAUAAAAAUUUUAUUCGCCAACCUUACGGUAAUAGUAUACAAUUCGAAAAUCACGAAAGGAUACAAUUUUUUGGUGUUGCGAAUACAUCUGUUUCAUCACAAGCUAAUGUACGCCUUUUUUCCACUAAUAGCGUAAACUCGAUUUUGAGCAGAGAAACUAAAAUAGUUCCAGUAUCAUUACCCUCUUGUUUGUAUGGAAAUAUUACUGGAUCAGUGCAAAAUUCUUUUGUCAGAACUAGCAGAAAAAAAGAACGCAUAAGGCAAGGCCGUAAGCGAAGAUCUUUAUUUCGUCAGACUGAAAGAUUGAAAAAAUUGAAAGAAAGUGAGAGCAACUCCAACUAUAAAAUAAUUAAUAAUGAAGUUUGGGUACAACAAGGACCACUUACUUGUAACAAGUACACGGAACUAUAUUCCUCAUGGAGUUCUAAAGAAAAACAAAGCGCAAAAUCAUCGCAAUCGAAGAAGAGCGAAGAGAAGAGAAGAAAGAAGAGCUACCCUGUAAAAUAUGCGUGAAAUACUAACUAAGGCUGGACAGUAAUUUAUAUACCUACUUACAUUUGUUAAAUAAAUAUGUAAUUGUCACAAAAUACUUAAAUAAAUAGAUU